GUUCCAAUCAUGUGAGCGACCUAACCGGAAAACAUCCAGGCCGGGCGGAGUGGAGGCAGGCAGAGGAAAGAUGGCAGCCGCGGCAGUGGCUGAGUUUCAGAGAGCACAGUCUCUUCUUGGAACAGACCGGAAUGCCUCUAUCGAUAUCUUACAUUCAAUAGGUAAAUAUAACCAACCUAGCAUGGCACUGGAAAGAAGCCUGUCACUAAAGCUGUACACUCAGUUAUCCAUUGUGGAGCAGAUGAGUUCACUGUUAGCCUGUUAGCAGCUAAGCUAAGUUAGCUAGCCCAGUGCUGGCCGUCUGUUUUUUUCCGCCUAGCUUGCACAGUGAGUCAGCAGCAGCGGGCUAGCCGGUUAGCAGCAUGCCGGCAAACUUACCAGACGAGCUAACGUUAGCGUCUCUGGCUCAUUCAUUUGACAGCAAGUUCGGCUGACAGCUGGCUAGUUACGGUUAGCACGCAGCCAACGCUAUUAGCAGCUCUGCCUCGUCUUGUCAGGUGUCAGGCCGACGACAGAAACACCGACUUUACUUAGCAACUGUUUUCUCUUUUGUGUUUCUUUCCCAAGUGUAUCUGUGUGCCCGUCAAUAAAAGUCAUAUUUGUAUUUGACAGGGUCGAUAUUUCACAGCUACGUUAAACACUUGGCGGCUUUCCAUACGAUCUAAAAUACCUCUGAUAAAACUUGACAUAAAGCUAAUCCCCGGGGACAGACAGUCAGUUUUGACACAAACAUACAUCGUGGUGAAUUAUAUCAGUAUGGACAUGAUUACAUCAUCAGCAACGUGCAAUGUGUAUGUGUGUGUGCGUGUGUUUGUGUGUGGUAGUGAAGCGGGACAUCCACGAGAGUGAUGAAGAGGCGGUGCGUGUUAAAGAGCAGAGCAUCCUGGAGUUGGGUGGGCUGCUGGCAAAGACCGGACAGGCUGCAGGUAACGGAACAUGAUGUUCAUAAUUAAAGCUGCUGUUUGACUCUGACACUCACUCAAGCUUCUCCUCAGGCUGUGAAAAGAAGGAUCAUUUCAAGAUUCACCCAUCAGUUCAGCUUUAAUGGAGUUCUUUCACAGGAGUCAAUAUCCACAUUGAUGAGAUUUGUCAGUCAUUUGGGUCUGAUUGACACAUUGUCCCGCAACACUGAGCAGCAAAGUACCUUUAGGGUCAAACACACCAUAACACAGAGUUGGACACCCCCUUGAGAGAUGAAUUUUUGCCGACCGCUUGCUUCUCUAGUUAUACCAGCUUUAGCAACGACCGCAGGAUAGCAAUGCACAGCAGUCUGAGGAGCCAGAAACAAACCUCGACAAAAACGCCACUCUAUAGCCACAAAUAAUGCUCAGAACAGCACCUAACUUCAUCAACAGUACAUACAGGGUCCCAGCCACCAAACAUCUUUUUAGCUCUGCCUAAUUUCUGUAGCAAAGAGACUAAACACAACUCACCUGCUCUCUUCCAGCAGCCGCUUGUUUUUAGGGAGAGCUCGGGCCAGUCCAUCAUUGUCUGAGGUGGGGGGGCGCAGCUCAAGGAAGAAAUUUUAUGAUCAUUACUUUAUUUCCCUGAAGUAAUAAUCACCAUAUUAAUCAUUUUGCACUGCAGACGCAGUAGUUCUUCUGCUUUAGCGUCUCGGUCUGAUUUCAUUUCCAUGAAGAAUGAUCAUAAAUGUUCUUCCUUGAGCUGUGUAACCCCGCAGAUGUCCGUAAUGGACUCGCCCGAGGUCUCGCUACAAACAAGCGGCUGCAAGAACAGAGUAGGUGAGUUGUGUUUAGUCUCUUUGCUAAAGAAAUUAGGCAAAGUUAAAAAGAUGUUUGGUGGCUAGUGCUGUGGCUGGGACCCUAUAUGUACUGUUGAUGAAGUUAGGUGCUGUUCUGAGUAUUAUUUGUGGCUAUAGAGUGGCGUUUUGGUUGAGGGUUGUUAUGGCACCUCAGACCACUGUAUUGCUAUCAUGCGGUCGUUACUAAAGUUGGUAUAACUAGAAAAGCAAGUGGUCGGCAACAUUCAUCUCUCGAGGGGGUGUCUAACUCAAUGUUACAGUGAGUUUGACCUCAAAUUAAAUUUACGCCUGGAAUAUCCCUUUAAGAGUAUUAUUACAACACAUCUUCUCCUGUGAAAGAAGUCAGUCUCUAAUACAUGUACAUCAACACACUAAAGCAGUAGUUCUCAAUCCAGUCCUCGAGCCCCCCCUGUCCUGCAUGUUUUGGAUGUUUCCCUGCUCCAACACACCUGAUUCAAAUGAUCAGCUCGUUAUCAAGCUCUGUAAUGGCUCAAUAACGAGCUGAUCAUUUGAAUCAGGUGUGUUGGAGCAGGAAAACAUCCAAAACAUGCAGGACAGUGGGCCUCGAGGACUGGAUUGAGAACCACUGCACUAAAGUGUCUUUUGAAUUCAGUCAUUAAAACUGAAAUAUUCAAGAUCAGUAAUGUCAUUAUCACCAUACAUCAUGCCCUUUUAUAAACAUUGUGCCAGGUCAGUGGACUUUGGCUGGAAAGUUUGGUACUGCCUCACAUUUGGGCUUUUAGGAAAUCUUUUCUUGGAGCCACCAGUGUUCUUGUCUGCCAGUAUCAAAUCAAAGCAAAACAACAGAUCAACAUCACCUGCUAAUUGGUCCAUAGGUGCUAAAGAAAGUUGGACCUCCAUCAGGUGGUACUACACAGGUCUGGGUCAUUCACAGGAUGUAGUCAUUAAGUUGCCAACAUAUUCUUCCUUGUUGAAAACCAGCAGCGAGGCAAGACACGACUAAUUCAGGUAUUGAUAAGUGAUAAGAAUCAACCCUCUAAAUUGGACAACAGUUAAUUAAGACAGAUGUCAAUAAGGUUUUGUGCACUGAACCAACACACAAUUAUAGUGAUAGGAUGGAUUUCACAGUAUAAGUUGGACAAAAAUAUGAAAAGCAUUGAAUGCUUUGCUGUGAUUCGUUUCACCACCAUCAGCAGCAGCAAACUAAGUAAAAAAAAAAAAAAAAGAAGUAUGUUGCAAACAGUAAUGAUGGUUUUAGCUGUCAGCUGUUUUAGCUUUUAUUUAAUUUUCUCUGUAUGUCCUCUUGUCAGAGCUUGGAGGUCUGCUGAAGUAUGUACGACCAUUCCUCAACUCCAUCUCCAAGGCCAAAGCAGCCCGGCUGGUCCGCUCCUUGCUGGACCUGUUCCUGGACAUGGAGGCCGCCACGGGUCAAGAAGUGGAGCUGUGCCUGGAGUGCAUAGAGUGGGCCAAGGCUGAGAAGAGGACCUUCCUCAGACAGGCACUGGAGGUGAGACUUGGAACGUUUUGACAGGAAUGUACCAAAACAAACAAUGUGAGACAGGACUGAGUCAGAACUUCAUCAGUCCAGUUUGUUUAUUCCUUUGAUGCUUCAACUACUUGUUUCUGUUUUUUUUAUGUUUUUACCUCAGUGAACAGUGAUGAUCAGUCUUGUUCUGAAAGGCUGGCUUUUAGUGGAAAUGAAAAUAUUUGUCCGCCGAAAACUAGUGAUUCAAUCUUGCUGCGUUUUUAACUACUGAUAAAAACGAAGAAGAAUUUUUGUAAUUUUGUUUGUCGGCUCAGAAACUCAGAUUUUGAACAUGAAACUGCUUCUUACUUUUUUACUGGUUUUAAUUAGUUUGUCAUUUUUGAGAGAGCGAGAGACUUUUUUUUAGAUCAAAAUCUCUGCGCUGAUAAACAGAUCCUUUUGGGACUCAAACACACCAAUGCACAAAAAAGGGAAAAAAAUAAGUCUUUUAAAUCAUCAAUAAUGAUGACUGUAUUGUACCCCAUUGAGCCCAGCCUCAGGGAACACCCAGUGAACUUCAUGACAGUCCAUGGUCAUGCCGUAAUUUGUUAAAGCUCAAGCACCAAAGGUAUUUAAACUCGGUACUUGAAUUUGAUUUUGUUUGUUUGUUAAAAAUGUUAGGCAAAUACAGAAACUCUGGCAGCACAAAGCUGGAGCUGGACAACUGACUGUUUUUUUUCUUUCUCUCUUCAGGCUCGUCUCAUCUCACUGUAUUUCGACACAAAGUGCUACCAGGAGGCACUAAAACUUGGUGAGUGGAUGAAAUUUCUUGUACAAUGGUGCCAUUUUUCAUGUUGGCAGUGUUUUCGACUGUUUGGACCAGGAACAAAGGAAACAUUGAAUUCAUUUCCUUUCUUCUGCAGGCUCCCAGUUGCUGCAGGAGCUGAAGAAGAUGGACGACAAGGCCCUGCUGGUGGAGGUUCAGCUGCUGGAGAGCAAAACAUACCACGCGCUCAGUAACCUACCCAAGGCCCGUGCUGCACUCACAUCUGCCAGAACGACCGCCAAUGCCAUCUACUGCCCGCCCAAGCUACAAGCAGCUUUAGAUAUGCAGUCAGGUAUGAAGCAGGACCAACACAGUGGUACUUUUUGUUGUGGUUAACCUGAUGUGAUUUUUAAUAAACGUGGUUCUAUAUAUCUAAUUUCUCUUUUUUUUUUCCCCAGGGAUCAUUCAUGCAGCAGAAGAGAAAGACUGGAAGACGGCGUACUCUUACUUCUAUGAGGCCUUCGAAGGCUACGAUUCCAUAGACAGCCCUCGAGCCAUCACAGCCCUCAAAUACAUGCUGCUCUGUAAAAUCAUGCUAAAUGCGUAAGUGGAACACGGCAUGGCAAACUACAAAUUCACACUCAUUGCAACUCAUUACACAUUACAAAGCUUAACAGCUUUAAUUUUACUUCCCCUAAUUUUACUUUAGGGGAAUGUUAACCAUAAUGAAAUUUAAGUUGAUUUACAAAACCAAAGUAACCAUAUUAACACUGUUUCUGUUUAUGAUGUUUUUGUUUCAGGCCGGAGGAUGUUCAGGCCCUUAUCAGUGGCAAACUAGCUCUGCGAUAUGCUGGAAGACAGGUAUGACUCUUUGUUCCUGAGAGUUUGUGGAUGAAAUGAGACUGAUCUCACCUUUUGUGUCAGUGCUUGUACAGUUACACUCACCAGGGUCCUUAAAAAUACUGAGAUUGAACAAUUCAAGGUCCAAAAGACACCUGGAAAGUCCUAUUUCCACUUGUGACGGUUUUUCUGAUGUCUUAUCCCUGAUCUUCUUCUCUGGGUGUAAAGUGAGGUUUUUAUUUUCAACUCAGUCAUCCCCAUGGUUGUCCCUUGUCAUGUCUGGACUAGUUCCUGGUGUCUGUAUGUACACUGGUUAAGGUUUAGUGCAGGUAAAUAAUGGACAGAUUAAUGAAUGGGCGCUCCUCACAGAGCAACACAAUAAAAACAAUGUUUACACUGACGAACAACCUAUUUUCAGUCUGUUAGGAUAACUACACAAGCUUGCACAACCUAAAUUUGUUAUGUUUUGUAAAUGAGUGGAGAGCUACUGAGUCGUACCCACUCAGGUGCUAAUAUAUUCAACACUAAUAUGUGAAUAUAUCUCCUCUGGCUGCAAACAAACAUUGUGCGGUGACUUGUAAGUUUUGUAAAAGAUCUUUGAAACCUGAGUUAUAAAGUUCAACAUUAACAUUAGAGAUCAGGUGUAUUUAUUUCUUAAAAGGUCUUAAAUUAGAUUUUUAAAAACUGCAGAUACCCUCACAGUGAACUGCAAAAUCCACUCUGCAAAAUGUUGUUGAAUUUUAAAUUUGGUUGUACUUCGUCGAUGUCUCACUCAUCUAUAUUCUGCUUGUUUUUUUUCCCCUCUUACAGACAGACUCACUGAAAUGUGUGGCACUAGCCAGCAAGAACCGGUCGCUUGCAGACUUUGAACAGGUGUGUGUCUACAAGUUGUUGUUUAGAAUAUUUGAUGGGGGUUUUUUUUGUGGGGGAUAAUCUCAUGCCCAGCUCUAAUUUCUACCCCUUUAUUUGUGAUUAGGCACUAACAGAGUACAAAGCAGAGCUGAGGGAUGACCCCAUCAUCAGCACCCAUCUAACCAAGCUGUAUGACAACCUGCUGGAGCAGAACCUCAUCAGGGUCAUUGAACCUUUCUCCAGAGUCCAGGUGAUCUUCUCCAACUCUUGUCUGCAACCAACCACUUCCUGCCAAGGGCUGAACCACGAUAUGCAGACUUCUUUCAGUGCUCAGGAUGACCCAGACUUGAUGAAGUUUAGUAUAUCUGUUGUUAUUUGUACAUUCAGCUGACUUGAGUGUCCUUGUUUUGUUUUUGCAGAUAGCACACAUUUCCUCCCUCAUCAAACUCUCAAAGGUAAGAUUUCAUUUGUCUUUGAUAAUGUUUCCUUUUCUGCCUUCCAGUUUUUAAUCUGAGCGUGUCUGCCUUUCAGGGAGAUGUGGAGAGGAAAUUAUCACAGAUGAUCCUAGACAAGAAGUUUCACGGUACUGUCUGCAAACCUUUAAUUCAAGUCAAUAUAAUGAUUCGGCCAAAUAUGAGUGAUUACUUUCAUUAAACCUUGAUGUUUCUUUGUUGUUCAUACUCACUUUUUCCUUCCCCUCUGUGUUUCUCUCCUAUUCAUCCCUUCCUCAUCCCACCCACAGGUAUUUUGGAUCAGGGUGAAGGAGUGCUGAUAGUUUUUGAGGAGCCAGUGGUGGACAAGACCUACGAGGCGGCCCUGGAGACCAUCCAGAACAUGAGCAAAGUGGUCGACUCGCUCUACAACAAAGCCAAGAAGCUCACAUAAGGUGAGGUCCUGGAAGAAAUCGCAAUCCUUUUGUCUGUGUGACAAACCUGUUAAGACCUGGAGAUAGUUUGUUUAUUGGUGCUAUCCAAGAGUAGAUGGGUAAAAAAAAGGCUCAAUUUUUUCGAGUCAGAAAAGUCAAAACUAAACAAAAAAUCUCAAGGAAUUUUUCGAAGUCAGCACAAUCCUCUCCCGAACCUAAGAGUAACAUGAUCAUCCUGACAAUAAAUACGUCCUCUUUUACCCGGACAUGUCCUCUUUUACCCGGACAUGUCCUCUUUUUUGGGGGGCUGUCCGGCCUUGUCUGGCUUUGUCUGGGGAAGUCUAUAAAGUCCUUUAAAUGUGCGCGGUUUUGUAAGGAAGUUUCAAGUUUGUGUCACAUAGACUUGCUGAGUUAGAAGCACGUAAAAGACACUCAAACCGACCUGAAAAACUCUCCAACUUAACUUCGUGUGACUCCGACCCCGCGUAGUUCUGUCCUCUUUUUGGGAAGUCAGAAUAUGGUCACCCUAGUUUACAAAUGUUCAGGAAUUGUGUUGCAACCCUCUGAAACAGAGGAGUCAGAAGUGGCUCAAAGACAAAGGCAGAAGUUUAUUUAACUAUUGGUCUGAAUCAGUUCAGACAGAGACUGAGGGUCUGACCAAAAGAACAAUGAGGAAGGAUCAGCUGCUACAACAAGCCCACAAAGGGCUGAUGAAUGCAAGACAGAUCCUCUAACCACACAAUGAAAAGAAGCUGCAUAAAAACAAGACUGCCUAAACCCCCAGUUAAAAAAAAAAAAAAUACAGACCUCUGGAGCUGCUUCUCUGAAGAGUCCAGCGAGAGAGACAGAGAUUUCAGGCCACUCCAUAUUAGGGCUGGGCGAUAAAAUUUACAGAUGGCGAAAUUUACGACAAUAACUGACAUCAUUUUGCCUAUAUAGGUAUACUUAGUGUCAAAAAAAUAAAUAAAUAAAAGUUGGUUUUGGAUGUGUGUAGGUAGGGUAUUGUCUCAUGUCCCUUUAAGACACUGUCCUACGUCAGAGACGUGACUCCACCCCAUCCAGUCCGUAACAAAGAGGGAAAGACAGGAGAGGAGAUGAAGGGGGUGAGCAGCUUGUGGAGUAGUUAUCGUCCAUUUGUCGUUAUCAAAGUGAACUGCUCAAUGUAUCGUGAAAUUGAUUUGGGCCAUAUCGCUCAGCCCUAACUUCAGCCUCCUUAUAUUCACCUGCAGCACUCAGUCACACCUGGAGGAAGAAGCAGCGUAAGUGCGGUAGCAGAUACUCAUCUUGACCUAUAGAUGGGGCCAAAGCAACGUAUAAACUAACAACUUUUUCCAAAAGUGCCUUUAGCUGGUAACGAUGAUACGAUGACACAUCAUCGGUACUCAUUUGAAAGUUCUGUAUACAGAUGGUUCAGUUCACCUUGAAUGUCGGAUUGUGUUUAAUGUACUCAUUUUCUGCGUGUUCUCCGUCUUGUUCUUCCCCUCAGAGAGAACGAAACCAUUACUCCUCUCGUCCGGAGUGACGUGGGCCAGUAAGACCUCUGUCGUUCAAUCAGUUCAACCCAGGAGGGACAAUGGGAGGAGGAUGAGGAGGUUACGAACACUAAGCCACCCAGCAAGCAAACAAACCAGCUGAUAACUGAAGAUACUAAACCUGGGUAGACAUGCUGCUCCUUCUGGUCCUCCUUCUCACUUCUUCUCUCCUUCCUUUCUGUCUCCUCCUCCUUAUCUGACUGGGGUUGAUCUGACACAAUGUGAACAAAUCCAGGCACUGUGCCCCUCCUUUCUCCACCCACCACUGGUUUCUAUUGUAAGUAAAAUUGGACAAGCCUCCCUUUCCUUUUUUUCUUUUUUUUUCCUGCUGUUUCUCUCUGCGCUGGCCAUCAGGGAAUCUUGUAAAAUAACAAUAAAUACAUAUACAAUACUUAUACAUACAUGUAUUAUAUAUAUAAAAAAACAAACCUUGCUCGGUCUGUUCUCAGAGUGUAACCGGGUGCAAAUGUGGGUUGGUUGGUCGUUGUCUUUCACUGGAUUCUACCUGUUCUGUUCAUUUGCCAACCAGCCCUGGAACUGAAUGUUUGAAUCUCUUCAUUUUUUUCUGCGGUUUUGAAGAAUCAACCGACAAGUCACCUGAGAAUGGUUUUAAAAAGAGGCUGUGAGAACAGCCCCUGCCUUUGCCUCACUAUGACCUUUCCCCGCCCCCUCACCUGUCCCCUCCCCCCUGAGUGGUGUUACUCACUCACAAGGCAUUCUUGGGUUCGUGGACCAUACAGGGAAUUGUCCGCAUGGGACCACGCCACAAGGAAAGGAGGAUGUUUAUCGCCGCACUGUGGUCUCCAGCACCCCCCUCCCCCUGCUCCUCACCCCUGCACUCCUACUUCCAGUUUGUAAAUAACAAAGCCAAGCGCCUCUGUUCAUCCCCAGGCCUGAUGUAUUCAUACUGUCCCCUUUUUUUACAAUGGGUUAAGAACAGAACGAGCCUCCUUGCUCAGAGCUUGGUCAGUCACACAAAGUGCUUUUGAUGCUCGACACGUGGCUGGAGACAGAACUCUGCAUCUUGAGAUGUGAUGGUUUGUUGUGCAGAAAUUGGGGGGGCGGUUCUCUCAAGAAAAACAAGCUGUACAUUUCUGGGAACUCAAUUUUGCAAGGACUUUGGGGGGGUUACCAUAUAUGAAAUAGAGAAAGACAAAUGCUAAUAAAAAAAUCAAACCUGCAAGUGGUGUGAUUGUCAGAUUGUGGACAUUCAAAUCUAACUUAAUAUAUAAUCCAAAUAUAAGCCUA